CCAUCCCCGUCCCUGCCGCGUCCAAGCCCCGGCCCUGCCCACGCUCACACGUUCCCGUGCCACCCCGUGGCCGCCUUCGGCGCCGGGUUCCGAGCCACGGCGGUGGCGUCGCCGGUGGACGUGGUGAAGACGCGGUCCAUGAACGGCAGCCCCGGGCAGCCCCGCAAUGCCCUGAGCUGCCUGCUGGCCCUGCUCAUGCAGGACGGCCCCGCCGGCCUCUACAAGGGGUGAGUUCAG